GUGAGCGCGCGUUUCCGCCGCUAAUGGACCUUGGGGCGCGCGGCUUGGAGGUGCUGGGCUCCUCUCCCGGGUGUCUCAGAGUCACCGCGGCCUCGGUCGCGCGGAGACAUGAGUGACACCGGAGGCGACGGCGCGCGCCUCAGGCGCUAUCCCAGGCUCCCGGUGUGGGUAGUGGAGGAUCACCAGGAGGUUCUGCCUUUCAUAUACCGGGCCAUAGGUUCGAAGCAUCUUCCUGACAGUAAUAUACGUUUUUUACACUUUGACUCCCACCCAGACCUCCUUAUUCCUGUGAAUAUGCCGGCAGACACUGUGUUUGAUAAAGAAGCACUCUUUGGAGAACUAAGUAUUGAAAAUUGGAUUAUGCCUGCAGUUUACGCCGGCCAUUUUUCUCACGUAAUAUGGCUUCAUCCCACAUGGGCCCAGCAAAUCAGAGAGGGCAAACACCACUUCUUAGUAGGCAAAGACAUUUCCACCACAACCAUCAGGGUUACAAGUACAGAUUAUUACUUCCUAAGUGACGGUCUAUUUGUACCUGAAGAUCAGCUAGAGAACCAAAAGCCUUUACAGUUAGAUGUGAUUAUGGUAGAACCUUACAAACUCUGUAGCAAUCAAGAUGACGGUGACUCUGUGUCUUCUACAAAGAAGCCCAGGCUGGCACUGGGAGAUGGAGAGAGCACUGUCGCUGCUGAUGGAGACUCUUGCUCAGAAGGACAUCGAGGGGAUGCAGUGACACCAAGAAGUGACUCAUGCUCUGGAAGUCAGCAGAGCCAGGGCGCAGCCAGCACUGGGGAGAUUCUGGGCAUGUUGAAGACUGGAGAUGCGUUUGUUCUGGAUAUUGACUUGGAUUUUUUUUCUGUCAAAAACCCCUUCAAAGAAAUGUUCACUCAGGAUGAGUACAAAAUUCUACAGGAGCUUUACCAGUUUAAAAAGCCUGACAGUAACCUUACUGAGGAAGAUUUGGUAGAUGUUGUUGAUGCUCGAACUCAUCAGUUAGAAGAUUUAGAAGCAAUUUUUGCUGAUUUGUGUGACGGUGAUAGUGAAGAAACUGUACAGAAAUGGGCUUCGAACCCUGGAAUGGAAUCACUCGUCCCACUUGUACAGAGUUUGAAAAAACGGAUGGAAGUACCAGACUAUGAAAUGGUUCACCAGGCUGGGCUAACCUGCGAUUAUUCAGAACUUCCGCAUCAUAUCAGCACAGAAGAAGAAAUCGAGUAUCUUAUUCAGUCUGUGUAUUCUUUAUUGAAAAGUCUACCAAAGCCUACUCUUGUGACAAUUGCAAGGUCGAGUCUGGAUGACUACUGUCCUCCAGAGCAAGUCGACAUCAUUCAGGGAAAGGUCCUCGAUAUGCUGCGCUCGCUCUACGGGACCCUGGACACUCACCUGGUGUACUCAGAAGAGUCCCCUCCGUGUUGACAGAGUGCUGGGCUGCUGUGCGUUCUGGCACAGUGACGGGACUCUUGUUUGUGAGCUUCCAGAGUGCACUUUUAGUGAACUUUCAGUUAGAAUCAGUCAGACAUUUUGAAUCUCCAAGCACAUAUCAGUGAACAACAGUACAGCAUCGGGGUAGGCAGGGGUUCUUGUCUGCACCACAUCUGUUACCCCGGUUGAUGGAGACGCCGGUUGAUGGAGACGGUCAGCUGUCUUCCAUGCUGCCCAUCGCUGCCUUGAUUCUGUAAGGUUUUUUUCUCUUUUCCCAACAGGACUUUGGGUCAUAUGAUUUAUUUAUUUAUUCAUCAGCUGCUGUUUAUCUAGCACUUCUGAGUGCCAGACACUAUUAGCGACAAGAUGCCCUGCCCUCCUGUGGGAGACACGAGAAGCGAACAGUGGCCUGCAAACAGUCUCAGGGAAAAAGGGACAUACCGUCAGUUCUCAGGGCAGCCGGCCUGACAGGAAAGUAACACGCGCAAAAGUCGUGUAAAAGGUCUUGCCAGUCCGUGACAAUGUUUGCAGCAAGUCUAUCAGUCUAAGGAUGUUGGGAUUGUGCCCACCCUUUUGCUAAAUGUUCUCCAGACUUGUUUUGGUUGAGUAAAGCUAAUCAAACAAAAUUAUAGGUGG